GAAGGCGUGUGGAUGUAAAUUGCCAUACCGUACACUAUCAUUCAUUCAUUGUUCUUCUUUCCGAAGGAGGGCGGCGACACCAUCGCCAUUCUGCGAGCUUGCAGACCAGAGAUCGCGCGCGGUGGAGCUAAGGAGCAAUGGUAGGACCAAAUCGGCCGCAGUUUGUGCUGUUCGGUUCGUCCAUCGUGCAGAUGGCUGUCAAGGCCGGAGGCUGGGGAUCUAUCCUCGCCGAUCUCUACAAUCGAAAGGCAGACAUAAUCUUUCGAGGAUAUACCGGAUGGAAUUCAAGGCUGGCUCUUCAGUUCAUCGAUCAAAUUUUCCCAAAGGAUGAUGCUAAUCCUCCUUCUCUGGUAAUAGUCUAUUACGGCGGCAACGACUCGAUGCUACCUCACCCGACCGGCAUGGGACCUCACGUUCCUCUUCCCGAAUACGUCGAAAACAUGAAAAAGAUUGCUCUUCAUAUCCAGAGUAUUUCGCAACAAACGAGGAUAAUUUUUCUUACAAGCCCUCCUGUCGACAAGGCAAUGAUCCGUCAAUAUUUUGGCAAUUUUUUCGAUCAACAAGAACGCACGAACGAAUCUUGCCGUGUGUAUUCCGAAGCCUUGGUAGACUUGGGAAGAGAAUUAAACAUUGAAGUCAUUAAUCUUUGGGAAGCAUUGCAAGAUAGGUCCGAUUGGGCUAACUCAUACUUAUCCGAUGGAAUCCAUUUAACUUCGGAAGGAAGCAAGAUUGUAGCAAAGGAAAUACUUCGGGUCAUUAGAGACGCGAAAUGGAAGCCAAACCUAUAUUGGACGUCGAUGGAAAUGGAUUUUCCUGAGUUCCCACCGUUAUAUCCGGUGGGUCGCGACGGCAAAACUACUGUAAUUUACCGAUGGAAAUUGGAAUGGUUGGAUGACAAGGAGCGCGAAGAGUUGAUAUCGUCAACCGGUGCAUUGCUUUGCCUCCCUAGCUAAAAUUAAGUGAAGCUCGCGAUGGAUGGUUGUUCCACGAAAAUUAUGCUCAUUUGUUUUACUAUAUUGUGUAUUUGUUUGGAGAUUUGAAUUUUAAGUUGGAAUUUGAAUAGUAAAAAUUCUAAAUUUGAAUA